UCGGCAACAACGACAUCAAUAUUUUGCGUGGGCUCAAGAUAUAGUCCUAUAGCAGACUUCGUGUUGUGUGUAUCCCUUUCAACAAGAGCCUGAGAAGAAGUUAUCCACCAAAAUGACUACAGUUCUCCCACAGAAAGCUGAAGGGACUUACACCUUCGCCAGUCAGCCGAGAGCAGUACAACAGAGGAAGAAAUAUAGAGACCCUUUGCUCGGUCAACAGAAUGAGCAAUCUGCACAAUAUGGCAACAUUAUGUAUGACAGAAGGAUUGUCCGUGGAAACACAUAUGCCCAACACACACUGCCUGCUAGCGCACAGCCUGACCCAAUUGAGAUUCAAAGACAGCAAGAAAACAAGCGGCGGUUGAUAGCCAGGAAAAGAGCGAAAGAUCAACUGCGUCCACGAUCUCCAGAGCCAGUGGAGGGUCGGAAACACAUGGAUGUCCAGACAGAGUUGUACCUGGAAGAGUUGAGUGAUCGUGUGGAGGAGGCAGACGUGGAGUGCCAGACUGAUGCCUUCCUAGACAGGCCUCCAUCUCCUCUCUUCAUACCAGCCAAGACAGGAGUUGAUAUAGCAACACAGAUUCUGGAGGGAGAUCUGUUUGACUUUGAUGUGGAGGCAAGGCCAAUCCUGGAGGUGCUGGUGGGGAAGACGGUGGAGCAGGCGCUGUUGGAGGUCAUGGAGGAGGAGGAGCUUGCCAACCUUCGCAUGCAGCAGCGGGCCUUUGAGGAACUCCGUAAUGCAGAGCUGGUGGAACAACAGCGACUGGAAGAACAGGAGAGGAGGCACAGAGAGGAGAAGGAAAGGCGCAUGAAGCAGCAGAGGGAAGUAUUACGGAAGGAGAAGGAGACUGCAGAGAAGAUUGCUGCACGUGUGUUUGCACAGAGCUACCUCGCAGACCUUGUACCCUCGGUGUUUGGAACACUCUCCGACAAUGGAUACUUCUAUGAUCCUGUAGAGAGAGAUGUGGAGCAAGGAUUCAUGCCAUGGUUGAUGGAGAGAGUGUCAGAACAGCUGGAGAAGUCUGAGCUUGGCAGGAUGGUACUCGAUGGCAUGCUCAGAGAGGUGGUGGUGAAACGCAUGGAUCUGUACAAUCGCCUGGACACAGCCAUGCAGUCCCAGCAGGCCACAGAGGCCCUGAAUGCUGGAUCUGAUGAAGCAGGUAGAGCUGACCAGUCAGCUGCCCCAGCCACAACCACCGAGGGUGAUGCUUUUGACCGCCCUUCAGAGCCUGCCCCGGAACCCAACCAGGAGCCCCCAUCUCAGGACGAGGACACAAAGGAAGGGGGCGAGGAGGGGGGAGAGCAGGAAGAGGAUCAGACCACAGAAGACUAAAAACACCCACAACAUACUCAAUACUAAUCAUGUCUAAUUGCCCUUAAGCAUUAUGUAAAUCAAUUGAUAUAAGUUGACUGGUUAUUUUCGAUUUUUACAUACAUGCCAUCCAUCAACAUAUAUAUUUAUUAUUAUUUUUCAUUAUAAAUUUCACUGUACCAUUGUGAAUGCCUUUCUGUGUGAAUACACAUGUUUGGAAGAAGAAAACAAGAAAUGAGAUGAAGAUUCAAAUUGGUAGUUUACUAAAACAGUGACCAAUUGGGUUCUAAGGAUUUUGAAAUAUUUAUUGUAAAGUUUAAUAGGGUACUAUCUCAUGUUCUGUAAGUUUAAAAAUUUGUUAUAAUUGUUAUAUAUUUACAAUGUGUGAGUUUAUGUUGUAUUAUAAUUUCACCCAACAGGAUCAUUCAUCAGCAUGUCACUGUGUCCCUGUCUUCUAUGUGGGGCAUGCAAGUAUGCUAUUGUACAGAAGUAUGCAAGUCUAGUGUCUGUCAUAAGCUACAUAGCGCAUGUAAAUACCAGUCUGUUCUCUGCCAGCUUAACUUAUGUUGCAUUCCGCUCCUCCCCUGUACCUGUGGCAGACUGGAGGUGAUGUACAGGACUAUAGCAGCGGUAUCGCUCACUCUCUCUAGCACUGGACACUGGACAUUAUGUACAUAUUACCUUUCAAACUUCUUACCGUCACUGAUUCUGAUGAAUAAUAUAUUUUUAUCAAUAAACUUCCAACUUUCUUUGAA